AUGCCCAAUUCCUCAGCAGAUCUUCGUAAUCCACUGUUCACUCGAGAUUGUCCAGUCCCGUUGUUUCGGCAUGCCAACUUGUUAGGAGUGCCCGUGUACAAAGGUCAACCAAUAAACGGCACUCAGUUUGGUCCCGAUCUCAUUCGAAAUUCGGAUAUUUUCAAGAUACUGUCAGUGAUUGGAGUCCAUCUUAAUGACCACGGAAACUUGGAUCUGGAAGACAGCGUCGAGGAAGAGGACGAGAAAAUUUUUGGAAUGGUUAAUCCACGAAGUUUUAUUAAAACAACGUUGAAAAUUGCCGACCGAGUGGAAGCCUUUCUAAACGCUCCUUUAUCGACUUGUUGGGAUGAUCAACGUUCGGCGCCUCUGGUAUUGAAGAGCUCAACCAGAUGCAUGCGUGAUAUGGGUCGAUGCUCAUGCGGACCUAAAUACACCAAUGACUUCAUCCACAGGCAAUAUGCAUGGAAUGCCCCUANGCCCCUAGCCUUCCUUAUGAGCGAACUCCAAGAAGAGGUGCCUUAUAUCAAAGAGCUUGAACCCAUCGAACCAUGUCUACACGCACAGGAUAUUGUCUAUAUUGGACUACGGGAUAUUGAUCCGCACGAAGUAUAUGAUAUGCGAAAGAAUGGGAUACAACAUUUCACCAUGACAGACAUCGACCGAAUGGGCAUAGAAGCAGUGAUCCGGAAAGCUAUUGAAGCUGUCAAUCCAAGACUUGAAAGGCCGAUUCACCUCAGCAUCGACAUUGAUGUCAUGGACCCGUCAUUGGCUCCCAGCACAGGGACACCGGUUCCUGGUGGACUGACACUGCGAGAAGGACUUAGAAUUUGUGAAGAAAUUUAUGCCACAGGCAAAUUAUCUGUGAUUGAUUUGGCCGAGUUAAAUCCAUUAAUCGGCUCAGAGGCCGAUGUGGAACGUACAAGGUAUACUGCUGUGCAGUUGCUAAAGACUUGUCUGGGCUUUCGAAGAAGUGGACAUCUACCCUUUGUUGUCCAUUCUCUUGCCGAUGAGGGUAUCCGCAGUCGAGUGGACGUUCCAAAGCAGUAA